AUGGCGGAUAGAUAUUGGCCAUUCACCAAGAUUAUACGAAUCUAUCUAAACGCUCAGGUUCUCAAAACAGGAGUCGUGCUCGCCGACUUACCAGGGCUUCAAGAUACAAACUUGGCGAGGGUGCGAGCAACGCAGGACUAUCUCAUGAAAUGCAACAACAUUUUCAUUGUGGCAAAAAUCUCUCGCGCCAUCACAGACCAGUCUUUGAAGACGUCGUUGUUUACGGUUCUAUCCCGACAUGUCCCUUUGGAGUGGGAGGAGUCAGCAGCUAAAAGCUUGAAUGUCGCCGUCGUGUGCACGAAACGCGAGUUCUGUGGAACCGGGAAAAGCAUUUCGCCAAUGACAGUCAAAGAGCUAGACAAGAAGAUCGACGAUGCGAAGAUGGCAGGCGAUUCACAGCUAAAGAAAAGACUGAAAUUAAGUCGAGAGCUAAUGUUCAUCAAUGCUCGGAAUGAACACGUCACGAAGGGGCUGCAGAACGCGUAUGCAUCUAAAGUUCCUGACAAGAAAUUGGAAGUUUUCUGUGUAUCCAACAAGAUGUACGGGAAGUAUACUCGCAAAGGGAACAACGAGUCAUUCGAGUCAAGAGAGGUCUAUGCACAACUCGAAGAUGUGAAAACAUUGUGGACUCAGUCGAUUCGCGAUCUCAGCAGCGAAUUCAAGUCGUGUUUCGAAGAGCAAGUUCUCAAGAUGCAAGGUCAGUAUAACUCGUGGUGUCUUAACAAUGGGAAUCAUGCGACUCCCAAGCGUGAGCAUGUGGAUUGGAAUGCCAAGGUCAUCUGGAAGAUGCGGACAGAGCUCGAAUUUCAAUGGGACCUUGUUGAGGAAGAGAUCUCGACUCUGUUUAGCAAUCACUUCGACAAGAUCAAGGGCCUAUUAGAAAAGAUGCAAUUGGUAAUAGAGGAAUUUGGCCCCGCCGAAUUCGCCGCCUCGCUGAUUGAAGGCAUUGAGUCCCGCAUCAAGCACUGCGAAUACACAAUCGGCUUAUAUGAACAGCGCUUCACUCGCGAUUUCAAGUAA